GCCAGAAAGCUGUAUGGAUGGGACGGGGAGCAGAUUCCACACCAGGCGUGGGCAGGACCUCGCUUAGCGUCGGGACACCUGUGCUUGAGUGCGUCUGGAGAGAAAGUCCAGUGGCGGAGUGUGGAAUCUCCUACUGCGAGAGCAGUCUCCUCCGGGUGCUGAGCAAAAAGCAGAACAUUUUGAUCAUCAUGAACAAAGAUAAAGAUCCUGAAUUUAGCGCCCCAGAGGGAGACGGGAUGGACAUUUGCAGUGGUGUUGCAGAUGUGAAGCCACAGGAGGAGGAAGAACAGAGGGAAGACAAGUCAUUCAGCGAGAAUGGAAUACAGUGUGCUGAAGGUGUGACAGAUCCACAUAUGAUAAAGACGGAGGCAGAGGAGAUGGAAGAUAACGAGCAGUACCCCGAGGCUGAAAAAGAAAGAGAGAUUGUGCUAAAAGAGGAAGCAGAAGGGGCAAGCGAGGAUGGCACGGAGGAAGGAUUUGACGAGGAGAGGAUAGAGGAGGACGACGAGGACGGGGACGAAGAAGGAGAUGCCCUGAACGAGCCGCAGGACCUGUCACUGGUGGACUGCUCACGUUACGACAGCACCGCCCUGCCAGACGCCCACACAGCAGCAGCGGUGGCGGGUGCAGAAGGGACCUUUGCGCCUGGAGCUGUGGCCCCCCGCAUCCAGGCGACAGGCAAGCUCAACUGUGACAUCUGUGGCCUGUCCUGCGUCAGCAUCAACGUACUGCUGGUGCACAAGCGCAGCCACACGGGUGAGAGGCCAUUCCACUGCACGCAGUGUGGGGCCUCCUUUACCCAGAAGGGAAACCUGCUGCGCCACAUCAAACUGCAUUCCGGGGAGAAGCCUUUCAAAUGCCCCAUGUGUAGCUACGCCUGUCGUCGACGCGAUGCUCUGAGUGGGCACCUGCGCACCCACUCUGUAGAGAAACCCUUCAAGUGCAACCACUGCAGUCGCAGCUACAAGCAGCGAAGCUCCCUCGAAGAGCACAGAGAGAGGUGCCAUGUGUACAUUCAGAGCAAAGGUCCUGCUGACAGAGAGGACGGCCAGACAUCCAGGACUCAGAUGGGCACUGAGCGUGCACUGCUGCUCGAUAGGCUCGCCAGCAACGUAGCCAAACGGAAGAGCUCGAUGCCACAGAAGUUUACUGGCGACAACGGUGUCUGCCUGGACCUGAGCUUUAACAGGGAGCUGGUCUACCGGACAGACAUCAAGGAGCCUCCGCCAGCCUCCCCAGAGCCCAACACCCAUCCACAUCAGCAACAAACCAUCGUCACAGGGCCAGACGGCGACCCAGCCCCCUCUCGCAGGCCCUAUCCCAUCCAGUUAACCCGCAACGACAUCAACCCCAUGGGCCUCACUAACGGCCACAAGAUGGGCAUGCCAAUGCUGGGCCUCCCUCACGCUGCCCAGCCGCCUCCCGGUAUGGACUCGUUCCACACUGACGGCUCCCAGAUGUCCCAGCCUGUCAUGUACAACUUAGGGCACCUGCUGGGCGGGCUGAACCAUCAGAACGGCAUCCCUCACCCGCACGCCCAGCCCGUCCCCUUGUCACUGCUGGAGGCUUUACGGGUGGUGCGGGCCGACGGGGAGGGUGGGGCGCUGCCAGGGGCAGUGUACUCCUGCGGCCACUGCAGGGUGAUCUUCCUGGACUAUGUCAUGUUCACAAUCCACAUGGGGUGCCACGGCUUCCGCGACCCACUUGAGUGCAACGUUUGCGGCCACCGCAGCCGGGACCGUUACGAGUUCUCUUCCCACAUAGCCCGCGGCGAGCACCGCCUAGAACUGAAGUAGCUUUCAUUCAUGCUCACACACACACACAGAGACAAAUGCUCAGACAGAUAACUCUGUAUGAGCACACACAUACACAGAUUUACUCAUAUAAGUAGCUGGUGGUAUCAGAAAUGAAAGCAUGAAGUAGCAGCUAUCUCUCUCUCUCUCUCUGUCUGUCCUUUAUGUAUGAGUGUGUGUAUGUGUGUGUGUGUGUGUGUGUGUGUGUGUAUGUGAGAGAGAAGGAGAGAUUGAGAGAGACGUUAGGAGGAGUGUGACGUGUAUCAGAGUGUUUUUAGUCAUACCGUACUCAUCUGAAAAGAUGGCCUGUAAAGAGUUUAUGCGGGAGUAAUUCUACUUCCUCUCCAUCACCGCUGUAGCAACUGUUUAUAUCAUAUAUGCCACAUUUACUUUCAAAUGUUUAACAAAGUAGCAAAUAUGAAUGUGUUUAUUGUGUAUCUGCUGUUGUUUCUUCUUUCUUGUUCUUUGUGUAAAGGUGUAAAAAUAAAAGAUAACCUCUCUCUUCCUUCAUCACACA